GAGGUCUGAUUAGAGCAAAAGAACGCAAAAAUGUGUACAAAUAGUGCGUGGAGUUAUUUAUAGCUUGAUGCUCUCUCGCUCUCUCUCUCUCGCACUUGCUCACUCUCGCAUGCGAAAGUAAAAGCGCCGAGCAAAUUAACAAUUAAUUGCCACACAUAAAUCCCAAAACCGACUGCACAUAGAUCACAUUAUAUAACUAUGUAACAGACGCAUCGUAGUAGUCAGGAAAAUCCAAGUAGCAGACAUGUCCUCUAAAUUUCAACGCAGUCCAUCACAAAUGCUGGGCGGCAGCGUGGGAUUGGCGGCGUCGGUAAACUCCACGUCGCCAAGCAAUCGGCCACGCAAACAGGUCAAACGCUGCUGUCGCAAUUUUGUAACCUUUAUGUGCACCCAGGUGGGCGUGGGCGCCUUGAUUGUGUUCUAUGCCAUCUUUGGAGCCUUGGCUUUUAUGCAUAUUGAGCGGGAGUAUGUGGACAAAACGGCGCUGCAGGUGCUGGAGUUGCGUCAGAAUUGCUCGCAGCGUUUAUGGAAUAUUACAGAGGAGCACAAUAUCAUAGACAAGCCCAUUUGGGUGAAUGAAACGAACGCUGUGCUGCAGGAUUAUCAAGCUGAGAUUGCGCGCAUUAUAAAAAAUGGCUACGUGGGACGCAGUCCUGCGCAGAUCUGGAGCUUUCCAGCGGCUCUGAUGUUCUGCUUAUCGGUCAUUACUAUGAUCGGCUAUGGCAAUAUGGUGCCACGCACGCCCUGGGGCAAGGGCUUCACUGUCAUCUAUGCCACAUUUGGCAUACCACUCUACAUACUCUACUUUCUCAAUAUGGGACGCGUGCUGGCGCGCUCCUUUAAGUUUCUCUAUCGCAGCAUGCACGACUGCACGGAGGAUCGCAGCUAUGAUGCACGCUUGGAGGCACUGGAGCAUGGCAGCUUGGGUGCGCUUACACUGCGCAAGAAGAUCAUAGUGCCGUCCACUGCCUGCCUGUGGGUCAUCAUCUUCUAUGUGCUCACAGGCACCAUUAUGUUUGCCAAUUGGGAGAAGUGGAGCUUUCUCAAUAGUUUCUAUUUCUGCAUGACAUCGCUCUGCAAGAUUGGCUUUGGUGACUUUGUGCCAGGUGCCUCACUAACCACCGCUGCAGACGUAGAUGCGGCCACACAAAAGCUGCGCGAGGAUAUUGCUGCCGAUCCCAAUGAACUGUCCGAGCUGCAGCGCAUCACCGAUCAGCACUCCAAGCUGGCUAUAAAUUUCAUUUACAUGCUGCUGGGCAUGGGUCUGGUGGCCAUGUGUCGCAAUUUAAUGCGCGAGGAAGUGCGUGUCAAGCUCAAGGAAAUGAAGGAGGACACCAAGCUGUGUGUGGAGGAUACGCGUUUGCGUUUUGUGGGCUGUUGUGGUGAUCCGCGCGAGCUCUAUGACCCUGACUAUGAUUAUUAGACGUAAUGAGAGUGUGACUGACUGUGUGUGUGCGUGUGUGUGUGUGUUUGCUUAUAAACUUUAUUUUAUGCUGUCAUCUGUGAUCUGUUACUGCAGCUCACCAUUGAUCAAUUUCUGCAACUGCAAGAGCGGAUACGUAACU